AGGAGGCAGACAGACUGCAGGAAGACACACACACACACACACACAUACAGGACUCUCACAGGACUCUCACUUUAUAUUCCACAUUAGUUUUAAUAAUACUGUCACCAUGGAGCUGCUGCAGCUGAACGCCUCGGAGCUGCCGCUGUCUGAGUGGAGCUUCGAGAGGCGCUUCGACGAAAGGGGAGCCAUACAGUGGAUGCAGGACAACUGGAGUAAGUCGUUUGUGUUCAGCGCUCUGUACGCCGCCCUGGUGUUCGGAGGUCGGCACUACAUGAAGCUCCGUCCCAAGAUGAACCUGCGGCUGCCGCUCGUCCUCUGGUCGCUCACCCUCGCCGUCUUCAGUAUCAUCGGGGCGGUGCGGACCGGGUCCUACAUGGUUCACAUCCUGAGCUGCAGCGGCUUCAGACGCUCCAUCUGCGACCAGAGCUUCUACAACGGACCGGUCAGCAAGUUCUGGGCGUACGCCUUCGUGCUGAGCAAGGCACCUGAGCUCGGCGACACAGCUUUCGUGGUUCUGAGGAAGCAGAAGCUGCUGUUCCUGCACUGGUACCACCACAUCACCGUGCUGCUGUACUCCUGGUACUCCUACAAGGACAUGGUGGCGGGCGGCGGCUGGUUCAUGACCAUGAACUUCGGCGUCCACGCGCUCAUGUACAGUUACUAUGCUGCUCGUGCAGCCGGGCUGCGAGUGCCGCGGCCGCUCGCCGUGCUCAUCACCAGCGCGCAGAUCAGCCAGAUGGCGAUGGGGCUGCUGGUGAGCGCACUGGUGUACCGCUGGAUGAACCACGCCGACUGUCCCACGCGCAUCGACAACAUCGGCUGGGCGGCCGUCAUGUACCUGAGCUACCUGCUGCUGUUCUCCAACUUCUUCUACCAGACCUACCUGCGCCGCCGUGACGCGCACCUGAAGAAGGAGUAGAGGCCAGGUGCAUUGUGGGGGAUCUGACGCUGCUAUGAACUCUGAUCUUUCAGUGUUUCUCCUUCAGGAGGGAAACUGCCUCCCCUUUGUCCACCAGGUCCAGAUCUCUAACUUCUGCUCUCUAAGAACUGAUCCUCUCCUUCAGGAGGGAAACUGCCUCCCCUUUGUCCACCAGGUCCAGAUCUCUAACUUCUGCUCUCUAAGAACUGAUCCUCUCCUUCAGGAGGGAAACUGCCUCCCCUUUGUCCACCAGGUCCAGAUCUCUAACUUCUGCUCUCUAAGAACUGAGCCUCUCCUUCAGGAGGGAAACUGCCUCCCCAGGAGGUCCAUGAACGCAUGCUUCCUGCAGGAGAGGUUCGUUCUGCUAUUACCAACUCUAUCUGAUCAGAGCUUCUCUUCAGGAUGGAAAGUCUCUGAUGGCCUUCCCUUCAUCUUCUGUGUCCGGUACCUUCUUUAACCCUCCAGCACGUUCAGAGCUGCAGGUUCCUGAAGACCUGUUUCUGUUGCAGGGAUCUGUGCAGAGAGAUUUGAGCAGUCAGACAGAAACAGGAAGCCAGUGUUUCUGAAACAAAGGAGUCCGUUUAGGAGUUUUAUAAAUAAAUGAAUUGGUGUUUUAGAAAUCGCUUCAUCAGAACAGAAAUGAUUUCCAGUCUUCAGACAGGCUCAUUUUAUUUCAUACGGAAACGUUCAUUUUAACACACCUUCAUAUGGUUUUUACCCUGAGAACCAAAAUAAUCAUGUCCGGCAAAGCUGUUUUUGGAAAGCCGAAAGAAUCAGUCAAACAUUUUAUAACAGAUUAAUGGUUAAGGGGAUAAAUGUCAGAAAAUGCGAAUUAAGAAAUGAGGGAUUAAAUGUGAAGGAAGAUUUAAUGUUGAAGUCAUGGAUAUAUGAGAAAAAUUACAGAUUAAAUAUUUAAAAUUUACCAGAAAAAACCUUUACAAAAACCCCAUUUUUGUUGUUGUGUAACCUUACAACUUGAACCUGGAAAUCCAGGAUUUGUAUAUCAAUAUUAACCCCUAUAGCAGCUCCCUUGCCGCCAUUACAUCGUGCCCAAUACGCUGUCCUAUGAUCAUUAUGGACUACAUGUAUUGAUCGGAGUAAAACGGUUAUGGCCAGCGCUAAGCUAAAGGCGGCUAACCUCUCGUUGUUCACUUCCCCACGCGUCACUGAGUUUCUGCACGGAUUGAAAACCUCCUCACUGAUCGAGCACCUCAUUAAUUCAGCUCUGCGACUUCACAACGUUUAUCACCACCUUUUUUAAAAUAAUGUUUAGUUGCUUAACAUGCGGAGUUCAUCUAGUCUUCAUCCAGCAAACUAAAAUUGGUCACAAAUAAUGACCAUGCAUUUUAAGUUAAUUGCAUAACGAGUCGCUAAUAUCUGAAAUAUGAAACCUGUUAAAUUACCAUAGUGAUUAUUUGGUGACUAUAUUCCCUCAGAUGGACGUACAGUUUCGCACUCGGUUUACCUUUAAUAUCCCUCUCUGCUCGUUAACCUGCCCAGGUGUUUUCCAUCCAGAACUUACAGCUAAAUAAAAUCUAUUUAUUGCGUUAGUAUUUAUUAGACGCAUGACGGCGGAGUGUCGCCCGAGCGUUUCCGAACUAUUCCACUGAAUGUUUUUUAUUAACUCGCCUGCUGAAUAUUUAUCUUUUUGUACGUUUUACAUUUUGUUUUCUAAAAGCUGUCGUUAAGAAAUGUCUUCUCACAAACCGGUUAAAUUAAAUCUGUGCUUCAAUAUUUUAUUUUAAAGUGUGUGACGGGAAGUUUGUGGCUCUGGAAACAAAGGUAUUAAAGAUGAGGAUUUUCUGUAUGAGCACACUUUAUAUGAACAAGAACACAUGAAGACCUUCGAGUUCCAUAAAUGUAUUUAUUGUUUGAAAAAUAAAGAAGCUGUUUUAUA